CACACGCGACCGUUGCGUCGGGACUUGACGGAGCAACAAGUGUUACCAGCGCGUUGCUUUUGCCCCGCCCCCAAAACGAGCCAGCCGAGCGCCGAGUGAACGAUGUGUCAGGCCUCGUGGUGGAAACUGCCCCGAGGCGAUGCAACCACCUCACUCGAGCGUCGAUCGCGCGACAAGCGACCCGCCGGAAACCCCGGAGAGCUUCGACUCGAGUGCGAGUUACCGCGAGUUAAUGCGAACGCGAUCCUCGGAGUUCUCGAAACGCGAAACACUGUUCAAACGUCGUUGCACUGCCAGGUCGUAGUUUCUUGACGUACGGCGAGACCGGGUGGCUGGUGCCGGGAGUUAACGGUUCUCUGCGAUCUCGAACGAACGUACGGAUCGGACGUGGACUCCACGUGGAUUUCCGCGAACUCCGUUUCCAGAUAACUCCGGUUCUGGUGAUGUAAUGGGUUGACUUCUCGCUUGAACACUUGGACGUUGCUCCUUUCGAAAGAUACACGACGAAUGAUACGAGAAUCCGCUUAAACGUCAGUGGUAUCUGCCUUGUACCGAGACACGUGCUGUCCAGCUGAGCGAGUCGAGAAUUCGCUGGCUCGAAGUGAGAAGCAGUUUGCCGAAGCGAAGUGCAACGAUCUAGGAUAAGAGGACUGACCGAUCGAGGAAAACUGCCGAUCGCCUGAUUUCACGCUCCGAUCUCGCAUUCUCUCGGGGAAGGCGCGCGGGACUUUCGAGACGGACAAAGAAGAGGCGGCCGAAGAUAAGAGAAGCGACCGGAGUUCGGCGAACUGCGACGAGCGAAAGAAAAAAAGAAAAAAAAAGAGCGGCCGACGCAGAUAGAGUCGCGCGUUAAUCACGCAAGCGAGAUUGAUUACAAAUUGUGACGCGUACGAGACGUCGAUCGAGAGACGUAAAUCGUCGAAACUUCACGGAGGUGGAGGGAGGAGGAUAGAGCGAAAGCGGUUCGGCAGCUGGCGAAACUUCUGUCGUCGAACCUCCGUGCGCGGAGAAUCGCGGGGAAACGGAAGUGACGCGCGCUCUCGCCGCGCGCGAUGAUAAGGCGAUAACGAAAUCGGCCGGCGAUAUCGCGGCGAUGGCGAACUGAUCGAUCGCAUCCGCGAUCUAAUCCUCGCCGCGGCUGAGACGAGAUGAGACGUGCGCUUUCCGCGUAUCGUGCCCGAUAAAUCGGCAGGACGGAUUGCUCGAUCGAUCUCCGUGCGAUCGUACACGGCACCCACGACGACCACCACCAUCACCAGCGCAACGACCACGUUGUUCGCGCGACGCACGCGACGAAGGGGAUGAAGAUGAACGACGUCAAGCCGGAGAGCAGCGGCGCGUCGAUUUCGCCGGCGGGCGGAAACAAUAAUAAUAAUAACAAUAACAACAACAGCAUCAACGGUAACGGGAAAGCGUCGGCGACGGCCGCCGCCGCCGCUGCCGCGGCCGCCGCGACGGUGGCCGCCAAUGGCGGCGAGGGGAUCAGCGCCGCCGUCGCCAAGGUUCUCCAAGGAUACGACUGGACCCUGGUACCCGUUGCUACCAAGGGCUCCGGCGACAAAAGGGCGGCCCACGUCAAGAGGCCCAUGAACGCGUUUAUGGUGUGGGCCCAGGCUGCGAGGCGAAAACUGGCCGAUCAGUACCCUCAGCUUCACAAUGCCGAGCUGUCGAAAACACUGGGAAAGUUAUGGCGGCUCUUGUCCGACAAUGACAAGAAACCCUUCAUUGAGGAGGCCGACCGUCUGCGCGUUAUCCAUAAGCGCGAGCACCCCGAUUACAAGUAUCAACCCCGACGUCGGAAGCAGAACGGACCGACUUCUGGCCGCGAGAGUUCGCCCACGAGGAGUCAGAGCAACGUGACGUUCAGCGUUACCAGGUCAUUGAAGCAGGAGGAUAUGAGUCCUAGAGGCGUUCAGGGACCCAACUCACCGCAGAGCGGCGUGAGCUCUUCGCCACCCACGACACCCAGUCAGGGUCUCUCACCACCGACACCCCCUACGACACCCAGGGGACAACACUACGUCAAUCAGAGCAAUCAGCUUCCGCAGAACAACACGGUGUACUAUCAGGAGUUGGUCAACGGCACGCCGUCGAGCGAGUCCUCGCAUCAGCAGCCGGCGGUCGAUCUUCGGUAUAUCGAGGUCGGUGACGGCCUACCCGGCGAGGAGAACCAGUUGAACGGCCUCGGCACUUUGGGCGGGCUCGGCCUGAAUCUCCCGGUGAAUUUCCAGGAGUACGAGGUCGAGAACAACGAGCUCGACCAAUAUUUACCGCCCCAGACCACGCCGAUACAUCAGUACCCGCCCGUGCAAGUCACCACCGCCUCGCAAUGGUUACUCAACAGAUACGAGGAGGAGGUCGAGAGACCCAUCAAGCGCCACUGCGCGGAGCAGGCGAUCGCGGAGGUGUCGUCAUGGGAGGACAGGACUCAGGAGAUGGUCAGGUACCACGAGCUGCAGCCUCCCCUUCCGCCGGUCCAGUACAUAUCCGCCCAUAACGCGCACCACUCGCACGCGAGUACGCAGAUGGGCCAUCCGCACGUGUCCACGCCCUACGCACAAUACGCACAUCGCUAUGUGUCCGGCAUCGAGACGUGGCAGAAUUAUAUGUAGACCAAAGCGAGGUAAACAUACCCAACGUACACUUUUCGUUUUGCGGCGCCGAGAGGCGCGCUGCGUCGGAAUCGCGUCCGAUUUUUACGUACCUAUACAUAAGCGUAGACCGUCCCGGACCUGCCGCGAAAUGUUCGGAGGACAGAUUUUUGGAACUCGACUCUGAAUGUCUCCGGCUAAGUGUUAAAAUGUUCCUCGAAGGUCAGAAUUAUUGAAAUUAUCUCAAAGUUAUUUUUAAGAAUCGAAAAACUCGUGACUUGCAACUUUUACAAUUUAUUCGCGUAAAUGAUUUUAUCUGUGGCGUCGUAAUUCUUAAAAAUCGAGGAAAGUCAGCGUCGAGUUCCUUGAAACGUUUGUUGACGUAUUUUACGGUAGGUCCGGGAUAACUUGUAGAUAACGACGCUGCUAAAGUUGUGUAUUACGCGAAAUGCGUCGCGUAAAAAAUAAAAGAAGGUAAAAUAAAGAUUAUUUUAUUACGUCGACAAUUUUGUUACAUUGACCUAGUUGCUUGUAAAAAUAAAAGUUAUUGUAUAAAUGAAUUGUGAUCGGAUCAACCGCCGCGGCGUUAAAUCCCAGCGGCGUUCCCGGGCGUACAGAGCCCCAGAGAUAGCCAAAUGCAACGUAAUGAGUAAUUACAGAGAUUCACCCUAUUAAAAAUAGUGCGCGAGUCUGAUCGCGAAUUGUACGCGGAAUGCGCGGCUAAACGCGAACUUCGUGUGAUAAAGUUUGUAAUUAUAGUAUAAACGCAGAUAUAUUCGAAUAUUCAUUCGUGUCGAUUUUAGAUCAGUUGCGUUCUUUCUUUAGGAAGGGACUGCCUAAUUCUUGACGGCAUUGCGAAUUUGUUAAGAAAGGUAAGGGGAGGUAAGGAAAUGCCGUAUUGGAAGCUAUGACUUUGAGACUUUUCAAGGAAAGUCGAAAUUAGAGUGUUAUCGCUCUAAGUCUGUAAUUUUGAUAUCGCGGUAAUUACGUGCAUAACGCUCGCGUAAUAUCCGUCUUAAAUAAACUGAAAUAUAAAGAGUUCGUAGCAUGUUUUGAAAAGUGCAUAAAGAGCAUAAUAUAAAUUUUACGUAAUUUCGUGAACAACUCGGACAAGCAUUGCAUUUGAAUCUGACGCGAAUACGUUUUUCUCUUCCUAAUUUCAGUGGGAAACUACACGAAAGAAAGAUACGUCGAAAGAACGGUUUUGCUAAAGUAUCUACAAAUUUAGCUAAAUACGGAUCUAAAAACAAUUUUGUCGGUCCAUCAAAAUAAUUACAUUGAAAAAGUUUGGUGAUAAUAUUCAAGCUUUGGUAAAAUAAUUUUAAAUAAAUGUUUGAUUAAUAUAACUAAAUAUUUAGUAAUAUUUAAUGAUUAUAUUAAUAACUCCAAACAUAUAAGAAUAGUAAUCAAUCGGUUACUAAACGGUUGUCAAAGGAUUAUUAACUAUUAUUAAAUGUUGCUUAUAUUAAUUAAACAUUUAAAUUAUUGAAAUUUUCACAAAAGCUUAGCAACUAUCGUCUAGGCUUAAUUGUUAUUACUAAAUUCUUUUUUCAGUGUAUAUAGGAAUGUUUAAGUAUGAAGAUCAAUGUUGCAAAAAGUUUUGAUAUUUUUACGAGUUCGAGUAUCUUACCAAAUUAUUUCGAUGAUCAAACAAUAAAUAAUUUUUUUUUCAGAUUUGUAUGUAACUCAAUUUUUAGACACUUUAGUAAAUCCGUUUUUUCCGUGUGUGUGUGUGUGUGUGUGUGUGUAGACCGCAGAACCAACUGCGCUGAAAUUUAUUAUAUACAUAUCUAUAUAUUAGAGAUACUCAAGCCAGAAUUUGGCGAAAUCAAAUCGUUUGAGUUUUCGUAGUCUUGCGCUUUCGUUUUAAAAUACGCAAAACAACGAUUUUAUUUUUCAUAAUUUUACUUUGAUUCGAUAUUUAGUUUAAAAAAAUUUUUUUUUUAUAUACAAUAUCUUUUUACUACAAUGUUAUCACAGCAACUCCGUCUCAAUUGUUGCACGUUGCACUCUUGUUGAAUUAAAUUUGAUAUCUUCAGAAGAGAUCAUGUUUCUUCUUCAAGUUAAAAUCGAACCGUGUGACACAUCAAUAAAGAAUCGAUGUUCUGCAUGUUAUUUGCUGAUACAGGAUGAUUUCUAAGUAAAUGUAAAAAUAAACUGCCAAAACUGUAUUUUGUAUUUUUUUUUCUUUUUUUUUCUUGAAAAUAAAAAGAGUGCAAUACUAUUUUUUAAUUUUAAAAACUCAAUAUGAUUAUCCAUCCGAAUAUCUCUGGCGGAUCUAAAAAUGUUUUAUUGAAUAAAAAUAUUUUAAUGGUUCUUAAAAUCACAUGUAAGUACACCAAAUUUGAUUAAAAUCUCUCUGAGCGUCUUUCUACACUAAGAGAAAAAUUUUUUUAAUGAAAAAAAUGUUUUCUUAAAAUCAUAUAUUUACAUGCAAGUAUUUGUUUACUGUGUUUUAAUAAAAAUAUAUUUUUUUUUAAGUAAACAGACGUAUUACUUUAAGCAUAUAAUUUUAUAUUUUUACAUUUUUUAGAUUCAAAUAAUGAUUUUACAAGUAAACUAAUAAUAUUAUUAAACUUGAUUAAAUUGUUUUCUUCGAUUAAAAAAUCUGAUUAUCUUGAAUAUAAAAAUAGUCUAACUAUAAAUAUUUUCUAGAACUGCAAGAAAAUAUUACUUGAAUGAAAACUAUUUCUUCAUUUUAUUUACAUAAAUAUUUCAAUUAAAAAUUUUUAAUUUUGAUUGCAAGUAAAUAAGGAUCCACCAAGUAAGUAAUUUUGUGUUAGAUAAAAAUUUUGUUAUUGCAAGAUAUUUUUUCUCUCAGUAUAGAUUUUCGAAACUUUCACAUUUUUUUUUAACUUAAUUGCUUUCUAUUUUAAAAACAAAACACUUUAAAACAUAUGUUUAUAGAAUCUUCUCUUCAUAAAACAAGCCAAGUAAUAUCCCCUUAAAUUUUUUUAUUUAACUUACUUAGGAAUCACCCCCUGCAUAAUUGUUCUUAAUAAUAAUUUAUUGACAGCCAUAAUUUGUUAACGGCACCGUUGCUUGCAAUCCGAGAAGCACGCGCGCGCGUUACGUGCCUCUUGCUCGACGCGAAAAUGGCGGAUUGGCCAUUCUCCGGCUUGAGAGUCUCUACUACGUGGACGAGGCGCGGCCACGAUACUCACCAUGACAUCAUUCCAUGACAGCCGGCCAUUCCAAAGCGCAGAAUUUCAGGCCAAACAAACAGACGGCCGCUCGAUAUACGAUGUCCAGCGGCGCGAGCGUUCCAAAUGUAAUAAUAUAUACAUAUAUUUGUAUACGCGAGACGCACGCGCGCGCGCACGGACAUUAUAAACCGGCGAUCGGCUUGCCGGUCGGCUCGCCGCACGUCCCGUUCAAAUAAACGACUGAAAUACGAUCGAGGGUGGCAACAAAUGCGCACUUGGCGCUUUCCGUUUAACGGAACCGAGAAUAUUUCGGGACCCGGAAUUCGCGCGCGGCCGAAAUGCGGCGACGAUCGUCUCGGCCGUCGUCGUAGCUACAAAAGACUUUAUAUAUAAUCGAUGGAGUUGACCUUUUAAAUAUUAAAUUUUAAUUGAGAAUUUUUUUCUUCACGAACUCUUUUUGGCUUGGUCGAUGAUUUUCAGUAAUUCAGUCACGAACGAAUUGUUCUCUUUUCUUUCGAUGAGAUUUAAAAUGGUAUCUCCGAUUGAAGCUCGCUCGGCCGCAGAUGACGACGAUCGCCGUGUAUCGAGGACCGCGAUACUGGCCUGAUAUCGAGCGCGCAGCUAUUGUAAAUGAGCUUACAGCUCCAUAUUAAGACACGUAGAUCACAUAUACUAUACGUUAUUAACACUUAUUAGUUACUACGCUGACACAGCCGUGCUUUUGUACUUAGAUAUUUAUUCACCGCAUUUUUACGAGGACCGAUAGGAAAGCGUUAGGUUAACGUCUCGGCGUAGCUGUGCACACUGAAGGGCGAGCACUAAAACCGUAAUUUAUAAGUGUGAUGUACGCUAAUUUGUAGAAAUAAAACAAAAGGAUACUAAAGUC